UGUCAUAUUUAUAAUAUAAGGAUACAAUAUUAUAAACAUAUCAGGUAUUUCUGUAUUAAUGUACAGAUUCAAUGUAACUAAAACAAAAACUCUAAGAGUGUGUGUGUGCGCACGUGUGUGUGUGUGUGUGCGCAUGUAUUUAUAAGUUGAGAAACUGCUUAUAAAAUUUUUGGCAACGCAUAGUGCAAAUAAUGGCUAAGAAAUUUUGGGGGGGAAAGUCGAAGGUCUUACAUCCCAAUAUCAAGACUAGAAAACUUUAAUUGUAUUUAUAUAAUAUUGGUGCAAGUUUAUAUAAAUAGACUAAUUAAAGAAUACCACAUAUACAGGAACAUUCUUAGGCCUCUGAGAAUUCUGUCUCAACUUACUGUGUCUAAAUUGUCUAAACUGAAUCUCCUAGGGAUCUAAUAUCCACCCCUACUAAAAUCACCAACUUACAUUCCAUCUCAAGGGAAAGGAGUUAAUAUGUUUGACCUCCUCCCUUGUCUGGGGAUGAAACAAUGGUGGGACCCAUAAACCUGAGUUCUAUCUCCUGGGAAUAUAAGGUAAUGCAUAAAAAGGUUGUUUUUACCCUUUUUGGCACCUCUCCUCUGUUAAAAUUUUACUUGUUUCCUUGUUUUCCUUCCAAACAGAUACUUUCUACUAUUGUAAAUCAAGAGACGGAAGAGAAUUUGUUGAGUUGAAAACUACAGCCAAUUAGGGAAGAGAAAAAUGCUACACUGGCUCUUUGAUCUUUAUCAAAUAAUGUAGCCUUGUGUUGUGUGCAAGUAGGGUCUGUGCCCUGGAGGACAGGACUCUGGGAGGAAGGAGUCCUUCUGAUACCAGUGAUUCCAUAAAGAGACAGCUCCUGGCAGAAAACGAUUGAUUUUUUGUGCAGACUGACUAACGUGACCAGUAACACAGCGGAGAAUCCAGAAGGAAAGAAGAGCUCUUUGGGUAAAAGAAGUGAAGUCAGGAGAGAUUCAGGCUGAAGCAGCAAACUGUGGUUUGUGUAUUUUCUGUUGACCUCCUUUGUGGUUUUAAUGAUUAGUGGUUUAUUUUUCUCCCCUUUAAAUGUAUCCCCUGUGACCCCGAAGAAGUGUGUUUUUUGUCAAGAGGCAGUGAGUCUGUGUUUCAAGAGACUCAGUUGCAAUCUAGCCUAAAUUAUAGAGACAUUUUGAGGCAUUCUCAGUCUAUCUACUUUUCAUACCACAGGAGAUGAGGUAGCUGUCCUUUUAGGGAUGAUUUUUAUGAAGAUUCUGUCGUUACCAUUAUUUGAAUAAGUUUGGUGCCCACAGGCAUUUAACCUAAAUCAGAGCUGCAGAUGAAACUUCAAACACACAUUCUUACGGGCUCGGAGGAUGAGUCGCAUUUGGGGCAAGGGUGGGGUGCUGCUUUUGGACAGUGGUAACUGGUUACAUUCCUCCCAGCCACGUAGAUGUUUUGUCCACUUUGGCUAAUUAAGGACUCUGGCAGUGACAAAAUCAUCCCCUAUGUGAGAGAACCUCACUGUGUAAAGUUUUGACUGGGGUUCUGGCGGAGAUGUCACAAAAUCCCCCUUUCUUGUCACAAAACUACAGAUUCCUGCCAAACACAAUAAUAUAGAACUGUUAUGACUUACCCAGAAAAUCCACUCCCUUUCCCUCAAAGCUUUCUGAAUGGCUUUGUAGAUUUGUUGGAGAGGGUAAGAACUAAACCUCUCCAAAACUGGUUGAAGGAGGGCCUCAGUUGCUCUGGCCUUUCCAUGGCUGCACUCCCUGCUUAUCACCAUUACUGGCACCCUUUUCAAAAGUACUUUAUAAACUAGAUCAUAGAAUGGAGUUAAAACUAAAAUGCAAAAGGCACCUCCAAAGGCAGACUCUAUUCAGUGCAAAGCUAGCAAUUCCCAUAGAUGGGGUCCACGAACCUGUAGACCAGAAAUGAAAACAUUAGGGCAGCACUGCUCUUAAUUUUAUCUCUAGGAGGUGAGAAUCUGCUCUGCUUGACUUUGCCCAAGCCAAUCACACUGGCUGGUAUCUGUUACAGAGGCACUGUCAGACUCACUAAUGGGUAGAGUGGUCUCCCCUCCUAAGUUAGGGAGCAGAGAUCCUCCAAGGUUUAGGGCAUCGCCCCUGAAGCCAUAAAUCAUCCUCUGACCUCACUGCCCUUUGCCUGAGUUGGGAGAAUGCUGCUUACCUGUCCAUGGGCAUUUUCUGGUAGAUGCAUUCUCUUAUUUUCACAUCCCAGGAAGCAUCCCUCCUAAUCGGAACCAUAUUUCAAUCCCUGUGCAACAAAUCUCCUGUACUACCCACAGCGCUGGAACUUGUCCUUUCUUUUUUCCUUCUUUUUUCGUUAUUUUUCUACUGCUUUAUUGAAAUUCUUCAGUUUAUUUUUUAUCAAAACCAUUGUUGGAAACAUAAUAUUUGCUCUACAAAAGCCUAUUACUCACAGCUCAUCCCAUUUCAUAAUUUUAAUAUUUCCUGCUUCUCUCUCUCGCCUGCCUUCCCUCUCCCUUACAUACACAAGUCUUCUUCUCCUCAUAUACAUAUACUAUGCUUUUUUUUUCCAUUUGAACCUGUGCCUAUCCCACAUAAUCUACAGUGAGAAAGAGUCAGCAUAUGAUAUUGCUGACCCAGAAAAAUAACCGUUCUUUAAGGUUUAUUAAUAAAUGUAUAAGGAAAUGAAUGGGGCCAAUGGCAAAGAAAAGGCGCAAUAACAAGUCAAUUCCACAGGUGCCAACAUCCAGGGAACAGAGGUGCUUCUCAAGCAGGAACACUGAAUGUGACAGCUGCAGUCCCCGACCAUGGUCAGUAGCAGAGUAGAAGUGUCUUUCACAGCCCCUUAUGAUAGCUGAUUUCUCCUCAGGGUUCAGAAGCCAGUGGAUCCUAGACUAAAGGGACCAUGCAUAAUUUGAGCUGCUACAAUCCCAGUUCCUUUCUCCUUGUGGGAAUACCUGGCCUGGACAAGUUCCACAUCUGGAUUGGGAUUCCCUUUUGUGUCAUCUAUGUUUUGGCUAUUGUGGGAAACUUCAUCCUCCUCUACCUCAUUGCAACUGAGCGCAGCCUCCACGAGCCCAUGUUUUUCUUCCUAGCUAUGCUGGCUACCACGGACCUCAUCCUGUCCACUGCCACAGUGCCCAAACUGCUCAGUAACCUCUGGCUGGGCUUCCAGGAAAUAACCUUCUCUGGCUGUCUCACCCAGAUGUUCUUCCUCCACUUCAGCUUUGUAGUGGACUCAGCCAUCCUGUUGGCCAUGGCGUUCGAUCGCUAUGUGGCCAUCUGCUUCCCUUUGAGGUACACCACCAUCCUGACUCGGCAGGUGAUCAUCAAGCUGAUGGUGAGCAUUGUUGUGAGGAGCUUCUCUGUCAUCUUGCCAGAUGUUUUUCUGCUGAAACGGUUACCCUUCUGCGGGACACGCAUCAUACCGCACACAUACUGUGAGCACAUAGGUGUUGCUCGGCUUUCCUCUGCUGACAUCGCCAUCAACAUCUGGUAUGGAUUUUCUGUCCCUCUCAUGACUGUCAUCUCAGAUGUGAUCUUUAUUGCUGUUUCCUAUACCUUCAUCCUCCGUGCUGUCUUUCACCUCUCAUCCCAGGGUGCCCGCCAAAAGGCCCUCAGCACCUGUGGUUCCCAUGUCAGUGUCAUCCUCAUGUUUUACACACCUGCCUUCUUCUCCAUCCUUGCACAUCGCUUUGGGCACAGUGUCCCUCGAAAUGUGCUCAUCCUAUUUGCUAACCUCUAUGUGGCCAUCCCCCCUGCCCUAAAUCCUGUGGUCUAUGGAGUGAAGACCAAGCAGAUCCAGGACAAAUUUGUUCUCCUCUUUUCUUUGAAGAGGACACACUGAAUGGGGAGGGCCACUGAUGGAGAAAGUUAGGUAAAUUAAUUAGAUGAGAUUUUGCAUAACAUAGGAGCUAUAAAAAUAAAGCUGUAACUCCUAUAGCUUGAAAUUUUAGAGUUCCAGCUGUGUGCAAAGUAGGGACAGGUGGGGGAAAAGGAAAAAGAAAACCUUCUAGACUUCCAGAAAAUCAAGGGUUUUCUUGGUUCAGUUUUCUCACCACUUGUAUGAAGAAGGUGAUGAUUGGUACAGAAGAGCACUAAUACUAAGGUUUACCUCUUUCCUAUUGCUAAUUUUGAGAUAUUUGAAGGCUACUUAUUUCCUAGUAUACAACUCACCCCUUUGCUUCUGAGUUCCUGAGUUAAAAGCAAAGGCUCCUGUCUUCCCUCUUUAAGUAGCUAUCAAGUCUGUCUACUACAACUACUAAGCUUGAUGCUCUGCAAUUCAGUCCUGAGUCUGUACAUGAGUAAUCCCUCCUCCCGUGUCCUGUACUUGCUUAACCUUUUCCCCUACCCAUCUCAAAUUACAUGGAGCUUGUUUUCUUUUGUAUCUGUUUUCUUCAGUUGCACGCUCCAAGAAAAUUUUCACUACCUUUGGCUCAUAUUUUACAAAUAUUAAUUAAUUUAAUUAAAAACAGUUAUGUUUCAGUC